UUCACUUCAGUUCUGGAUCCUAUCAAAUGAAUGUCGACUAUGUCGUGCUACCCCCAGACGUAAAGAUUGAAAUAGAUUUAUUUGAAACUACGAUCUACAUAACAGACCAGAGAGAUUUGAAAAUGGUGGAUGUGGAUGAAGAUGGUGGACUUAAUGUCUGCGUUGAACUACUGGAUAAGUUGAUAGGACAGCAACAACAGAGUUUUCUGAGCCUGAUGUCUAAAACGUCGAAAGGAACAGAUCUAGUUGAAUACAUAGUUUCUUUAGUUUGUUUCGUGGCUUCUAUAAUCUGUCUUAUUUUAACUUUAUUGACUUAUGUGAUAUUUCCUGUAUUAAGAACAGAGGCUGGUAUAAAUAACAUGUUUCUAAGUGGGAGUCUUUUGUUAGCACAAGUUUCUUCACGGGCCAGUUCGCAAAGUGUAAGAGCGAGUACCCUGUGUACGGCCCUUGGUGUACUGACUCACUUUCUGUGGCUGUGGAACUUCACCUGGAGCUUCAUCUGUAGCUACCACAUGUACAAAGUGUUGGUCCCGUCAUCCACUACAGUCCAACCCAGAAAACUCUGGAUGACAAUCUUGUGUUCGGUUCUGUUUCCAACGCUUAUUACAGUCACUACUAUCGUGCUGAGUUUUGUGAUACCUAAUGGACAAAUCAUUCGCUAUGGAUUUUCUAUGUGUUAUUUGAACACGGCUUUCUUAUUCGGACUGACAAUGAUUAGUUCACUGUCUGCUUUAACGGUGAUUAACUUUCUGUUCUUCGCUGUCACAGUUUACAAACUUCGCAAAGCAGAAAAUCUUCAAUCCUCGCUAGGACCUAAUGGUGAAAACAAUUCUUGGUGUAUCUAUUUGAUUAUAUUUUCUGCAAUAGGUUCUUUCUGGACAGUGGCUAUUCUUGAUGCAUACAUUGACAGCGUCGUACUCGGAAUUCUCUCUCCAAUACUGAACGGACUUCAAGGUGUAACUAUCUUCAUUGCUUUUAUCUGUAACAGGAGAGUCUUGAGUCUUUACAGAGAAAAGAUUACGUCGAAACAGAUAUCAAGGCUACAAGAGAAUCAAAUACAAGCUUGAGGAUUAGGACAUAGUUAAAAUCUUUCGAAAAUAAAGUACAUUAUCAUGUACAUUUACAA